AUGACCCUCCUGCUGUUGCCCCUCUUGCUGGCCUCCCUGCUCCCCUCCAGCUCCUGUAACAAAGCCAACAAGCACAAGCCAUGGAUCGAGGCAGAAUACCAGGGCAUCGUCAUGGAGAAUGACAACACGGUCCUGCUGAACCCACCACUCUUUGCUCUGGACAAGGAUGCUCCCCUGCGCUAUGCAGGUAAUUGGGGUGAGAUCUGUGGCUUCCGGCUCCAUGGGUCUGGGGUGCCCUUUGAGGCCGUGAUUCUGGACAAAGCAACCGGAGAAGGGCUGAUCCGGGCCAAGGAGCCAGUGGACUGUGAGACCCAGAAGGAGCACACCUUCACCAUCCAGGCCUACGACUGUGGCGAGGGCCCCGACGGGGCCAACACCAAGAAGUCCCACAAGGCGACUGUGCACGUGCGGGUCAAUGACGUAAAUGAGUUUGCCCCCGUGUUUGUGGAGCGGCUGUACCGCGCUGCGGUAACUGAGGGGAAGCUGUACGACCGCAUUCUGCGGGUGGAAGCCAUCGAUGGUGACUGCUCCCCCCAGUACAGUCAGAUUUGCUACUAUGAGAUCCUCACCCCCAACACGCCCUUCCUCAUCGACAAUGAUGGAAACAUCGAGAACACGGAGAAGCUGCAGUACAGUGGCGAGAGACUCUACAAGUUCACGGUGACAGCUUACGACUGCGGGAAGAAGCGGGCAGCGGAUGAUGCCGAGGUGGAGAUCCAGGUGAAGCCCACCUGUAAACCCAGCUGGCAAGGCUGGAACAAAAGGAUUGAAUAUGCACCAGGCGCAGGGAGCCUGGCUUUGUUCCCUGGUAUCCGCCUGGAGACCUGUGAUGAACCUCUCUGGAACAUUCAGGCCACCAUAGAGCUACAGACGAGCCAUGUGGCCAAGGGCUGUGACCGCGACAACUACUCAGAACGGGCACUGCGGAAACUCUGUGGUGCCGCCACCGGGGAGGUAGACCUGUUGCCCAUGCCCGGCCCCAAUGCCAACUGGACGGCCGGACUCUCGGUGCACUACAGCCAGGACAGCAGCCUUAUCUACUGGUUCAACGGCACCCAGGCCGUGCAGGUGCCCCUAGGUGGCACAGCCGGGCUGGGCUCUGGGCCCCAGAACAGCCUCAGUGACCAUUUUACUCUGUCCUUCUGGAUGAAGCAUGGUGUGACCCCCAACAAGGGCAAAAAGGAAGAGGAAACCAUCGUGUGUAACACCGUCCAGAAUGAGGAUGGCUUCUCUCACUACUCGCUGACCGUCCAUGGCUGCAGAAUUGCCUUCCUCUACUGGCCUCUGCUUGAGAGUGCCCGCCCAGUCAAGUUCCUCUGGAAGCUGGAGCAGGUCUGUGAUGAUGAAUGGCACCACUAUGCUUUGAACCUGGAGUUCCCCACAGUCACGCUUUAUGCCGAUGGCAUCUCAUUUGACCCUGCCCUCAUCCAUGACAAUGGUCUCAUCCACCCGCCCCGAAGGGAACCUGCUCUCAUGAUUGGGGCCUGCUGGACUGGAGACCCCUUGCCGAUCCACCACUACUUCCAUGGCUACCUGGCUGGUUUCAGCGUGCGCUCAGGCCGCCUGGAGAGCCGCGAGGUCAUCGAGUGCCUCUAUGCAUGUCGGGAGGGGCUGGACUAUAGGGAUUUCGAGAGCCUGGGCAAAGGCAUGAAGGUCCACGUGAACCCCUCGCAGUCCCUGCUCACCCUGGAGGGGGAUGAUGUGGAGACCUUCAACCAUGCCCUGCAGCAUGUGGCUUACAUGAACACUCUGCGCUUUGCCACGCCUGGCGUCAGGCCCCUGCGCCUCACCACUGCUGUCAAGUGUUUCAGCGAAGAAUCCUGUGUCUCCAUCCCCGAAGUGGAGGGGUACGUGGUGGUCCUUCAGCCUGAUGCCCCCCAGAUCCUGCUGAGUGGCACUGCUCAUUUUGCUCGCCCGGCUGUGGACUUUGAGGGACCUGAGGGGAUCCCCUUGUUCCCCGAUCUUCAAAUCACUUGCUCCAUUUCCCACCAGGUGGAGGCCAAAAAGGAUGAGAAUUGGCAGGGCACAGUGACAGACACACGCAUGUCAGAUGAGAUCGUGCACAACCUGGAUGGCUGUGAGAUUUCUCUGGUCGGGGAUGAUCUGGACCCCGAGCGGGAAAGCCUGCUCCUAGACAUGGCGUCCUUGCAGCAGCGAGGGCUGGAACUCACCAACACGUCUGCCUACCUCACCAUUGCCGGGGUGGAGAGCAUCACUGUGUACGAAGAGAUCCUGAGGCAGGCUCAUUAUCGGCUGCGACACGGAGCUGCCCUCUAUGCUAGGAAAUUCCGGCUGUCCUGCUCAGAAAUGAAUGGCCGUUACUCCAGCAAUGAAUUCAUCGUGGAGGUCAAUGUCCUGCACAGCAUGAACCGGGUCGCCCACCCCAGCCACAUGCUCAGCUCCCAGCAGUUCCUGCACCGCGGCCACCAGCCCCCUCCUGAGAUGGCCGGACACAGCCUGGCCAGCUCCCACCGAAACUCCAGAAUAUCAAAUUAG